CUAUGCACCGCAAUGUCGGCGCCCGCUAUCCCGAAGUGUGUCCAGAGGUUCACUCAAGAGCUCAAAGACUCCCGCAAUCAGGUCCUCAAGAGCUACGAGACUCGUGGCUAUUGCUGUGCUUUCAAUCACCUGAAGGACUGUAUCGUUGAACACGUGGGCGACAAAUGCGGUGACACGAAGACCAUCAGACAAUUGGUGGCGCCGUUAGUCGCGACACUCAAAGUCAUAUCCACGCCAUCGGGUGAUUGCGAUGACUUUGACGGCUUCAGAGGCACUGUGUUGUGUCAACCGGAUUGGCUGUUGAUUGUGGAGGCGAUCGGUGUUGUGAUACUACUGCUGAUGUCGGUGUCGGCGGUGAUCCGGUGCUGCUGUUGUGGAUCAAGAGGUGGUAUCCGACCCUAUCCGAUGCAGUCGUUUGUCAUCCCGAGUACUGGUAAUAACUACAGACCGGUUCCCAACGGUGACCAGAAGUACCCAUAAUGUCGACCAUUAGUUUCGGUGAUAAUUAUCUUGUUUUUAAUUUUUUUUUCUCUAAGUCUUAAGACUUUUAAUACUUUUUUCAA